AAAAAAAUAAAAAAAUAUAUCUUUUAAAUGUCAAAAGUAAUUAGGAUAAUGUAAAAAAAAUAGAGGGGCCAAAUAAUAAUUACCCCUGAUUAUAUCUGUGUUGAAAACAGGUAAAAGCAUUUUUCAGAAGUAGUAUUGACUUUGUCUCCGUACCCUUCCCCGGAAUUCUGGUACCGUUCUCUGUGGGUUGACUUAUGGCAGGAAUCAUGUCUCUUUUUGUCUUUUACCCUUCGUGUAUAGAUGUUACUUGGUUCAGUAGUUGUUAGUUGUUCCUACCCUUCCUGGAAAUUCUGGUACCGUUCUUCGUGGGUUGACUUGUAGCAGGGAAUUAUGUUCUCCUUUAUGUUUUUUCUUUUCCUUUGUGUAUAAUGGCACUUGGUAGUUGAUUCAGUAGUUAUUACUCAUUAGUUUUUCCUUAGCUAUUAGUUGUACCUCUUCUCCAUCAUUUAUUAAAUGUUGCGAGACAUUUGAUCGGUGGGACUGCUACUAAUUAAAUGCCUAAUUAUGUUUUUGACUUCCCCUGUUCAUGUUCAUGGAGUAUCAUUCACGCAUCUCAAAUAUAAACAGAGUAGAAUUUUUUUCCAACUAACCACAUUCAAUAUAUGUCAAGAGACUCGGGAAAGCCUGAACCCAAUUCCGAAAAUAUACAGAAAAACAAAUUCACAAUUUCUUGAAUCUUCAUCUCUCUUUUAAAGGAACCAGGAGAAUGGAAGUAUGAACUUUUAUAGAAGUGCUUGCCCUGGGCGAACUUGAUCUUCAGGAAAAGGCAGGUUCUCACACAGGAAAAUGGAAGCAAGGAUCGGGGAAACAUUUGGGAUUGGCUUUUUAAUCGGUUAUAUAUUUUCUUUAGUUGUAGUCGUAGUUAUUUUCAUGCCAUAUUGCAUGCCUCGGGAACAUGCUGUCAAGAAGAGGAACAGGGUGAUGAAGACACCGAUGAUGACAUCCUUAAUGGAAAGGCGUGAGAAGAGGAGAGAAGAAGCUAUUCUAGAGAUUUCCAAGUUAGAGGAGUCGGUUACACGAUUAAGUUUCAGAAUGCUAUAUGAUGCAACAGAUAGUUUUUGCCAAGACAAUGUUGUUGGGGUCGGAAAAAUGGGGACAAUGUACAAAGGAAUGCUCCCUAGUGGUUGUUUUAUUGCAGUUAAAAGACUAAACGAAUCUCAGUAUUUGGAGAAAGGCUUCAUUUCCCAGUUGAUAAUCCUGAGUAGAUUGAGACAUAUUAACAUGGUCCCCUUCUUGGGUUUCUGUAUAGAGUCAAGAGAGAGGCUUUUGUUGUGCUACAAAUAUAUAUCAAAUGGCAAGCUUUAUGACUGGCUACAUCCUGUAGAAGGUGGAGCUAGCUUCCUGGAAUGGCCAACAAGGACCUUCAUUGCUAUGAAAGUUGCGAAAGGACUGAUAUAUCUCCAUAACAACUGCCAGUUUCCAACCGCACAUCUUAACUUAAGCUCGAGUUGCAUCUUACUUGAUAAGAAUUUUGAACCCAAGAUAUCAAAUUUCGGAGGUGCAGUCUUCAUUAGCAAAAAUUCCAGAAACUUCUUUGAGAAUGUUCUCAAGCAGGAUGUUUAUAGAUUUGGCAUUCUACUUCUUGAGCUUAUAACCGGAGAAGAUCCUGUCAGAAAUAAUGAAUCUUUUCACUCUCUCAAACAAACUUUGGUUGAACAGAAUGCUCAUCAUUCGACUAGUUCAUUUUCUAGCCUAUGUCAUGUUGUCGAUGUUUCUCUAAUUGGUCAAGGAUUCGAUCUUGAAAUCUUGCAUUGUCUGAGAGUUGCUUGUGGAUGUCUUCAGACACUUCCAGAUCAAAGGCCAACAAUGACCGAAGUGUAUAAUGAAUUGUUGGUCUUUAAGAUAUUGGGUGUCGGGCAUAUUACUGCAUGCCGAAAUGCUGAUGGCACAGAGCUAGAGAUGCCGAGGUGCUCUGAAACAGUACAUUUACAAUUGUAGAGAAACUUUCAUUAAAAGAAAUAGACUCUUGUUGUUCUUUUCUUUUUCCUAAUUAGGCUCCAAUACAGAGUUUGAACCCCUAAUCUAAAAGCAAUGUAAAAUUAGUUAAAUUUAGAGAAUCGAACAAGCUUCUGAGUUCUGAACUUAUUUUAGAUAAUUAGGCAGUUUUAAGAUUGGCCACCUUGGUAAGGCGAGGCCAAUGAUUUGGGUCAAAGCUUUUCUUCAUUUUGUGUAAGCCGGUCCUUCUAACUUUCUUCUUGGUGAAGAAAAAAGUGUUGUUUUAUGAGUCAUCAAUCCUGACCAGCUGAUUAUCACCAAA